GGCAGUCAGUCAGAGAGAGAGAGAGAGAGAGAGAGGAGGACACACUCAGAUCAACCAGUAAUCACCAUCGUCUCUCUCACACACUGUCAUGGUCGAAAAAACCAACAACAGCGCUUCCUAUUUUCUAACGGGAGUGAAACUUUAAAGCCAUGUUGCUGGGCGACUACAGCUACAACCCCGCGGAUAUAUAAGCGACAGUGAGGAGCAGAAAGUAGCUGCUACCACCAACCGCCACCGACACCACAAAGAAGAAGAAGAAGCUUUCUUUCUCUCCACGCUCCACGGAGGUAAAGACGGCAUCCGGCCUGAGAAAAAGCUCCGAGGUCGGGGACUCCGGUCGGAGCACCGCUCAUCGUUUCUGGCCUCCCCUUCCCGAGAGCUCCAUGGAGAAAAUGAAGCGGUUCAAGCGGCGUCUCUCUCAGACGUUACGAGGCAGCCACACCAUCGACGAGUCGCUGUCUGAGCUGGCAGAGCAGAUGACCAUCGAGGAGAACGGCCUGAAGGACAGCGAGCCCAUAGUGAGGAACGGUCGUCCUCCGUCGGCCCACAGUGUCCACUCCUUCCUCCACCAGUACACAGGCUCCUUUAAAAAGCCGCCGCUCCGACGGCCUCAGAGUGUCAUCGGAGGAGGCCUGGGCUCUCUCAUGGUCAUGCCUCGCAAUGGCAGUCGCCUCGAUAUCGUCCAUGAGAACCUGAAGAUGGGGUCAGACGGGGAGAGUGACCAGGCGUCGGGGACUUCCUCCGAUGAGGUGCAGUCGCCCACGGGUGUUUGUCUGCGGAACCGAGGGAACAGACGCAUCUCUGCAGAGGACCUGAACAAACGUCUGUCCCUGCCGGCCGACAUCCGGAUACCUGACGGUUACCUGGAGAAGCUGCAGCUGAGCAGCCCGCCCUUCGACCAGCCGCUGAGCCGACGCUCCCGCAGAGCAUCACUGUCAGAGAUUGGAUUUGGGAAGCUGGAGACCUACAUCAAACUGGACAAACUGGGGGAGGGCACGUACGCUACAGUCUUCAAGGGGAGGAGUAAGCUGACAGACAACCUUGUGGCGCUGAAGGAGAUCAGACUGGAGCACGAGGAGGGGGCGCCAUGCACAGCCAUCAGAGAAGUGUCGUUACUGAAGGACCUGAAACACGCCAACAUUGUGACGCUGCACGAUAUCAUCCACACAGAGAAGUCGCUCACACUGGUCUUCGAGUACCUGGACAAAGACCUCAAGCAGUACAUGGACGACUGCGGGAACAUCCUGAGCAUGCAGAAUGUCAAGAUUUUUCUGUUCCAAAUCCUGCGAGGAUUAGCGUACUGUCACAGACGGAAAGUUCUCCACAGAGACCUGAAGCCUCAAAAUCUGCUCAUCAACGAGAGAGGAGAACUCAAACUGGCUGACUUUGGCCUGGCAAGGGCCAAAUCUGUGCCCACUAAAACAUACUCUAACGAGGUGGUAACACUUUGGUAUCGACCUCCCGACGUGCUGCUGGGCUCCUCUGAGUACUCCACGCAGAUAGACAUGUGGGGUGUGGGCUGUAUAUUCUACGAGAUGGCUGCCGGCAGGCCCCUGUUCCCAGGCUCCACGGUGGAGGACGAGCUGCACCUCAUCUUCAGGCUGCUAGGCACUCCCACAGAAGACAGCUGGCCUGGAAUAUCUUCUAUGGACGAGUUCAAGUCCUAUAAGUUCCCCAAGUACAAGAUCCAGCCGCUCAUUAACCACGCACCCAGGUUGGACACUGAUGGCAUUGACCUGCUGUUGUCAUUCCUAAGAUAUGAGUCGAAAAAGAGGAUCUCUGCUGAUGAAGCAAUGAGACAGCCGUACUUCAGGAGCCUGGGGCCACGUGUGCGCACACUGCCAGAGAGCAUAUCCAUAUUCACACUGAAGGAAGUCCAGUUGCAGAGAGAUCCUGGCUACCGGAACUCAUCAUACCCUGAGUCAGGCAACGGAAAGAGCAGAAGACAAAGCAUGCUGUUUUAGAUUCUCUGGACUGUCAUUUUUUUAUUUGGGAAGAAUCUGCUACCUGUGCAGUCUUGCCGAUGGAUCAGUAACCCGAGAUGGAUGUUGGCGUGGAGCAUCAUCAUCAUCACUCCCCCCCAAGAUACUUGGGAAACUUGUCCACAGUGCGACUGACCCCAUUUCCAGGUCUGGCCUGAACCUGGCCCAAAAGAGACAUUUAUAUACUGUACAUCUAUAUUUAUUGAGAAGAGAAUUUGCUGCUAAAUCCAACUACUGUCUAGAAUUCUAACUGGCUCAGUCACUUUAAUGAGUACAUGCAAUGUGUAUAGAUUGUUAAUUUCUCUUUUUUUGAAGUGGUAUUUUAAGUGAUUCUUUUUGUCAUUAUUUACAUUUUCAUACAUAAGAAACCACCUCAAAGCUCCUCAGUAUGUGUGGGUAUGUAAUGCACACAGACAAGCAGAGGGAUGUUUCUGUAGCAACUCAAAAGGUUUUGAUUUAUCUGUCGGACGGUGCUGUUCUCUGCUGCACAAAUCAUUUGUGACCGUUUACUCAAAAGGUUUUUGAGGCCAGCUUUGAUAUAACUGAUAAUUUUGUCCCAACUGGAGGCUAAUAUGAGAGUAGUGCUGCCAACCUCCUGUGCAAAAAAAACACAUUCUUGUCAGAUGCUGGCAUAUCAUUCCAGGGUGCUGCGGUCCCUGUCGUGACCAAUGAACAAAUGCAGGAGGAAAAAGGCAACGUAGAAUUAAUAACAAGGGCAUUACAGGAUUAGUUACGCUUCCUAAAUUCUUCUGGAAACCUAAAUAUUUAACUCAAUCUGACACUUCAUCUCCUCCAGUCUGUUGCAAAGAGGAGAUGCAAAGUGAAUCCCGUGUGUUGGAAUCUGCUGCCUCUGUGCAUGACAGAUGUGUUCUCCUCUCUGCCAUUCCCAUCUCCAUCUCCAUCAACUGUAAAAAUGUAUCCCUGUUUUCUGGAUUGCUUCCAUCAUUGUUGCAUGCCUGCUCUGUUGUAUGAGGAAGCACACAGCCACUGAACUCCUAAUUCAGGGAGCACUAGCUAUAGUCCUGCCCCUAGUGAAUACGAUACUGAGUCAAAGUCUAUUUAACAGUGUUACAAAAGAUGUUUUGUAUGAUAUUCUUUAACUUUAUUUGUUGAUAUUUGUUAUUGGUGUGGGAUUUCGUUGCAGAUGCCCUCCCAUAUUUGUUUUUUUUCCAGAGUAAAGAAAAUUAAAUCUAAAGUUUAAACGGAA